AUGAUCUCGGAUGGUAAGGAGGAAGCGAUUGCCUUUGAUGUCGGGGUCCAACGGGCCAAGCACGUCUGUCACCAAGAGGUCAAGGCGAACGAAACGCUUAAGGAAAUCCUUUACGACAGAGUCGGAGACGUGUCCCAGACGGCAAUGCCAGUCGUAGGAAGGGGAAGAGAGCUGAGGCGGAGAGGUAGCAGAAGCCGAUUUGAUGGAGUUGGAUAUGUGGUGCCAAGACGCGGGAAAGAUGAUCCAGGAAUGGUUAAUGUGACCACUGUGUGUUGCGGUCAUGGAGCCAUCAGAGGAAGCAAGAUUGAGUUUGAGUGGUGGACGGAGAUAAGAAAGGUUAGAAAAAAAAUGGAAAGAUCCGCUCACGUGGUGGGUCGCCCCAGAAUCCAAAACUGUGCCUGCGCCUCCAGCACCUGUCGCAUCCGCGGCCACCGUCGAUCUAACUGCCGCAUUAGAAUUUGUGCCAAUGGCUGGGUCGUUUGGGGGUGCUGUCUGGCGGGUGAAACCGGAAGCGGUGUGAGAACUCCUUUGGGAUGGAUGGCAGUCCUGCGAGGGGGAAAUAGCAGUUAUGAUAUUUCAGAAGUCUGGAAUCAGAUAAUGGAAAGAGUUUAA